AUGCGCGCCUGGGUGGCGGCAGCGGCGGCGGGAGAGCGGCCGGGAGCAUGGCGGAACCGCUGCGGGCUUUCCGCCUGCGCGGGUGCGGCAGCCCGCAGAAGUUCGGGGUGGCGGCCGGGAGCCUGCGCGGGUUGUUGCGGAAGGGUUGCCGGUUGCUGCAGCUUCCCUUGCCAGGCAGCCGCCUCUGCCUCUACGAAGACGGGACGGAGGUGACCGAGAGCUAUUUCCGCGCCUUGCCGCCGCAGACGGAGCUGGUGCUGCUGGGCCCCGGAGAGACCUGGCGGGGCUCCGCAGGUGCCAGCGACAUCGAGGGGUUCCUGGCCGCCUUCUACAACCAGAGAGCCGCCGUCGUGGAGGCGGCGCGGAAGCUGCUCUCCGACGAGCAGGCUCCUCGGAGGCAGAGGCUGCUGGCGGAUCUGAUCCACAACCUGAACGAAAACAGCCUGGCCGAGGACAAGGAGGACGACAAGAAAUGGUUCGAAGGUCUGGAGUCUCGUUUUAAGAACAAAUCAAGCUACAUGCGAUACAGUUGUGAAAGCAGAAUACGAAGCUACAUGAAAGAGGUUAGUAGUUUUAUUUCCAAUGUUCAUCCUACAGCAAGAGAUGCAUAUAAAAGGAUAAUUGACCUGAUGUCAGAUAAACUGAGAUCUGUGAAAUACAACGGAUGCUACUUUGACAGAAGAGAGGAGGAGGCAGUCCGCCUGUGCACUACGGAGGGAUGGUUCUCUUGUCAGGGACCUUUCGACAGAGAUGACUGCCCAUGUAAGCAUUCUAUCAACCCCUACGGUAACAGGGAAAGCAGAAUCCUCUUCAGUACCUGGAAUCUCGAUCACAUAAUAGAGAAGAAACGUGCUGUUGUCCCAGAGCUGGCAGAAGCUGUCAAAACACGAGAUGGAAGAGAAGUGAACUGGGAAUACUUCUAUCAGCUGCUGUUUACCGUGGAUAAUUUAAAACUUGUACACAUUGCUUGCCAUAAGAAAACCAACCACAAUCUCAGCUGUGACAAAACUAAAAUUUACAGGAAAAGGAAGCAAAACCACAAGAUUUCAUAGUGCUAUCUCUGGAAGUGACUUGAUUUUUACAAAAUCAUGUCACAUGCUAUCAUUUUUAAAUAGCUCUAGUUUCUUAAACAAAAACUUAUUUAGGAGUCCCUGGCAAAAGAGACUUGCUAAGUAAUUCAACUGCAGUCUCACAACACAUACAUUCAUAUCAUGCCUAAUUCUACUCUCCCGCCUUCUCACUUACUACAAGCCUUCCUUAGAUCUCACUGUGUUAAGCGCAAUAAAAUAAAACUGUGAGUCAGAGUAUAAAAAUGAGGCCAAAGGGUGACACUGAUUACGCCCUACAAUCUCUUUCUUGCCCUGACAAACGUAGACCCAAAGGGCAAUUCAGUGACAGAGCUGCUGGCUCUUCUGUACCAAAAUACCCGCAUUCAUCCACGACCAUGCCAUUUGCUGUUGCUUUAGAUGUACAUCUCCUAGAAGGAAGAUCAAGGCCAUGGCAUAUCUUUGCUUUUACCACCUUUGUUCUUUGUCAUCUUUCCCAUUGAUCUCCCUCUCCUUUCAGUUUCUACCUCUUUAGCUUGAGUUUGCUUGGAGCAAAACAAGCAAUUUUACUGUAUAAUCAUGUUUACCUGCCGCUUUAAGAGAAUACUGCUUUUGUAAAACACUUCCUACCUCAGAUAACAAAAUACAAAUAGAUAAAUUUUUACUUGAUUUUUUUUUUUUUUCUAAAUACCGGCUGAUAGCAUCUGAACUUUUAAGGGCUGUCAGUGUAAACGACGUGAAUUUUUUUUAAAUAAAAAAAUUACUACCAUUCUUCUGUGUGUGUAUGUAGAGGCAGAUGUGCAGGAGUGAUUAAUCAGGUAUAGUAUAGCAUGGCCAAUACAGACUAGAAAGACUGAGCGCAGGGAAACAUGUUUAUGAAUGGAGCACUAGUUAUUUACUGCUGUGUAAAGAUCAUCACUCAUCUCUAGGGAAGAACUCCGUUGUCCCCCAUGUCGCUGGUCCUCUUCUUACCUGGGCAAAUCCAGCUAGUCCACACAAGAUGAUAGUAUUGCUGUGUGAGCCAUAACUUACUAGGUCUUGGAAAUGCAGGAGCUUUGCUACAGAGAGUAUUGUUUUACUUUAAACAACAAACUCAAUCCCCCUCCCAAACUUUUCAACACAAAAAGUAAGCUGGGGGCAUUUUAAGUACAGGAUUUCUAAUACUAAUGUAUUGAAUCAAUCCUUCCAGAUUGCCUUACUGAAUAUACGUCAUUGGUAACUAAGAUGGAAAUGCACACUACACUGUUUUGAGAUUGGGGAAGGUAUCGCAGCUAUGAUUCUGAUGACAAACACAAUGUCAUCUGUAUGGCACAAUUCCUACAAACUGAAAAUCACCAUUUUACACAGUGCUGAAACCAAAGUGAGUGUUUGCGUGUGAAGACAUAUUUGCUAUAAAGGGAUGGUAGCAAAUAUGGCAUUUAAGGAAAGCUGGGAGAGCUACUUCAAGAUGGAGUUGUGCUAAAACCCAUGAAUAUGCUAUUAAAAAAUUAGAUUUUUCUGUGUUACAGAAUUAGAGUAAAAAGGAGCCAAGAAAUAUCGUUGACAGAAACAAUGCAUCAGCUGGAGUGGAAAUGUGAAUAAAUUAACAUGUCAUGCAUA